CGAAACACCAGUAGUGGUUAUAGACUUAGGUAAAGAUAUCUUCCGUUCGAGCAUUAUUCCGACCUUCAGUUCUUAACAAAGAAUUUUUUUCGAAACAAGGAAAAGACGUAAGAAGCAGAAUCAUGUGGAAGAAACUCCGUGCUUUUUUCAAAUUGGACCGAUCUUCUCAGCCGUCGAAACAUCAGCGUCAAUCCGACCCUUUCGGAGGGUUAAGUGAACUCGCAAUGCCUCCGCCUAUUGAGAAUCGAGACGAUUCUGAAGUCUAUCGCCACCACAGUCUGGAGGAAAAUUUUGAACGAAGUUCACGGGGUGAAGACAUUGAUGCUGAGGAUGGAGAGGAAGAUAUUCUCGUUCGCCAUCACACUCUCGAAGAGAAUCUCGCGCUCGCGAAGGAGCUUACUCGGGAAAUGAGAAGGCAGUCCCAGGAACUUCGCCGCGUCUCCUCUGAACACCACCGUGCCCCAAGCUCUGGGGCAAUGACUUGA